CAUCCCCGCUCCUCGCCCGCUCGCGCGCCCCCGGCUCGUGCGCCCCCGGGGCCGGAUCCCGCCCGCCGCGCAGGGGACGUGCCGCUACCCCGCGUCUGCGGCGAGGAGGACGCGCAGCCAUGGGCCGCCUGGCCAGGAGGGUGGCGGCGCUGCUGCUCGGGCUGCUCGCGGAGUGUACAGAGGCCAGAAAGCACUGCUGGUACUUCGAAGGACUUUAUCCGACAUAUUAUAUAUGUCGCCCCUUCGAGGACUGCUGUGGCUCCCGGUGCUGCGUGCGGGCGCUCUCCAUCCAGAGGCUCUGGUACUUCUGGUUCCUCCUCAUGAUGGGCGUGCUCUUCUGCUGCGGAGCCGGCUUCUUCAUCCGGAGACGCAUGUACCCCCCGCCGCUGAUCGAGGAGCCCGCCUUCAACGUGUCCUACACCAGGCAGCCCGCGAGCUCCACUCCAGGGGCCCAGCAGCUGGGGCUGCCCUAUUACACCGACCCGGGAGGACCAGGCGUGACUCCUGCGGGGAACCCCGUGGCGAUGGCGUUCCAGGUCCAGCCCAGCUCGCCCCAGGGAAGCUCUGCCUACCCACCGCCCCCCUCCUACUGCAACACGCCCCCGCCCCCGUAUGAGCAGGUGGUGAAGGACAAGUAGGGGGGCCUCCUGGCGCCUGCCUGUGCGCUGGGCCCGGGAGGCAGGGAGGGCUGUCAGCCCCCCGGUCCCCAUCCGCGCUCACUCCCAGGAACGGCCUUGUGAGCCACUAAGGGCGAACUCCUCUGCUAUCUUCAAAGCACGCCCAGCCUCCCCUCAAGUUUUCCUCGGAGGACCAGCAUCCGAAUUCACCCCCCGUCUCCUCUGUUGCUCCUGUUCCCGAUGUGAUCUGUGCUCCGGCUGCGUGGACGGUCCCGAGGGGUGACACCCUGGGGUCGCCUGCCCAGAUCCUCAGGAGAGAGACCAGGCCGGAGGCCCGGCGGGACACGUGCGGCUGAGUGAUGCCGGGGGCGGGGGCAGGGCGCCCAGCUCGGGGCUUCCUCCCACCCUGGGAGGCCCUGCGCCCGGCAGGCUGCUCGCUGAAGUCAGCCCCCAACCCCGAGUCACCGUCCCAGCCCCUUGUCCCGUCAGCCUUCCUCUUCAAAAAGCUGUUAGAGAUGCAGUGGGUGGAGAAGCGGCCUCUCAGCACCUUUCCAUCCCCUCUCACUUGCUAAAGCCGAGGGAGGCCGCCCUGUGCACACCCAGCCCCGGGGAGCAUCGCGUCUGGCUGUCCCCGCAGGGAGCUGAGCCAGCGGAAUCAGGCCCAGCGGGAUGUCUGUAGUUAACCUGAAAAUCACUAAGGAAAGUUAUUUAAAUUCAUGGGAAAUUGCCCCCGGCCUCAUACCGGGUCGUUGCAUUUUAUGAGUUUUUGGUCUGACCUGGGGAGGAAAAAAUUGUGCCCCCCCCGCCCCAUUGUUAGUGGGUCCUUUGAGGUCAGGCUCCGAGUCUUCCCUGGGUGCCAGCCUGCAGCUCUCCGGUCUGUGAUGGUGACCAGAUGUCUGUGCCCUGACGUCAGGCAGCUCUGAUGGUGGGUCUUGCUGGACACUUUCCAAGCAGGCACAUCCGGCUGGGAGCCACACUGGCCCUUGGACAGAGGCGGCGUAGGAGCCUGGGUGUCUGACCUCAGCAGGUGUGCGCUGGGCUCUGAACAGGAGAAGUUUGCUAAGAAAAAGAAAGCGAAACCCCAGGGCUGCGGAGAGGGAUCUCUUCAAAAAGAACGGAAUAGAUCUCACUGGUGGGCUGGUCAAAAUGAGAACCAAGAUGUGGUUGGAGCCGCCAGCCCCGACCCGGGAGCCCCCUCACCCUGGGAUCACAGGUUGCCGGGGGCCAUCACUGGGCCGGGGUCCUGCCCCCCUGUGUAGGUAGUAACGCCCGUGGCCGUGGAUCUAAACCCAGAUUGAGACCUGCCCGGUCAGGUAUAGAGGAUCAGAGGGCACAGCCAAGACAGGAAGGUCCCUGUGUGGGGGGUGGGGGGGUGGGGGGGGUGCUUUUUGAAAUGAACUAACCAGAGCCUGUUGAGAAGUUGUCAGUCACUGAACUUGAGCUGGAGUGGGCGCUGCCUUCGUUCCCACGGCCCCCGGCUUGGUGUCCCUGGUCUAUGGGGGACGAGUGAGGAGUCAGGAUGGGGCCACCGAGACUUCCCUUUCCUGAGGAUGGAGAAUCCGGGAGCCUCCCAGGGGCCCCGGAGAGCCUGGACACGGACGCUGCCGCCGGUGUCUCCGACCACCCGCACGUGACCUCUGAGCCCCUGCCCCCACACUCCAGUCCUUGAUGGGACGAGGCCACAAAGCACAACACUCGCUGUUUACAGCCAAGGGCGGCCCCGUGGCUCCCUGAGUUCCUCCUCCUGCAGGGCGUCCGUUUUGCAUUUUCAACAUCACUUUCUCCCUUUUACUGUCUUGAUAACGAAGCACACGCAGAGCUGCCCCCUGGAUUGGAUCUUUGCUGCUGGACAGACGCCCACAUGCCCGGGACUAAAUUCUGUUGAUCUUUUUGAUAGCACAUGAUUUUAAGGGACUGGGUGGUGCCGGUGGCACUCACCACUUUUAUAUUCAUGUUUGUGUGAGAGAAGUUCUGUGUCCCCUUGACCCUGGCUGAGAACGGUGGGCACCUGUGUGUGGAGAGUCCACUCGCGGCAACAUCGCCUGCCCACGGGUCCCUCCGCGCUGUGGGGGGACUGUGCCCACGGCUGGGAGCAGAUCUGUGCAUGUUUCUCCUCUGCAACUUGGCUCAUUUCUCUUUUCUGUUCUUUUGAUAGGGUCCUGUUUCCUAUGUAUGCAGAAUAAAAAUAAAUUUGGCCACGU